AUGGGGCUGGUGGUCAUGUUAAUCCUGGCAGCUCUCUCCAGGAAAAACAAAUUAUGCCAAGGUUUCACAAGAGGAUCGUCCUCCAUCUUCAGUCCUGCCAACUUCCUGGACCAGACUCAGCACAAAGGCCUGGUCAUGGCUGUUUUUGGGCUGUUGUUCAGCAAGCUGUCAAUGCUGGUGAUCGCCCCGGACCCGCUGCCUUUCUCCAAAGAUACUCCACAGGAGAUUAAAGAGUACAUGAAGGUAAUUGCCAUCUUCUACUACCCCAUCCUGUAUUAUCCUCUAAUGGUCUGUUGCACUCUGCAGCACAAAGCAGGUUAUGUGUUUGGGACGCUUCUCUCCUUCAGUCAUUUCGCGGUCCACGUAUGGCAGAAGUUCGACUGUCCAAAGACUCCAGAGAUCUAUACAUACUAUGCUUUGCUUGCAAGUCUUCCCCAGUUGGCCUGCUUCGCAUAUAUCUGUGUCCAGUUCAUUUUGCUCUUCGUCAAAGGAACAAAGACUGACGAGGACCUUGACAGCAGCUAUUACACCGACUAUGUGAAAUCCCUUCUAAAAAAAAAGUCCUCAAAUGCCAGCUCUUCAUCUGCGGACAAACCAACACUGGCAGAGAGAAUACUGAAGGUGCCAAAGAGUUAUAUUUAUAUGCCAGAAAAAGUUUUUAGAUUUCCACUACAACUGGCCGUAUCGGCAUUUGUUGACCUUGUGGCAAUAUAUCAUGUUGCAUUGUUGUUGGUGGUCUUGGUGGUCCCCGUCCUCCACAUUGUCCGUGCUGGUAUUGAUGAAAACAUUGCCUUUCUGUUACUUGGGUUUGGGAUUGUUCUGUCAGACGACAGGAUGGAGGUCGUCCAAAUUGUAACAUUUUAUACUUGGUUACUUGAAGUGUGCUACCUCUGUGCAAUGACCCUCUCUUGUCUGGUCAGUCUUGUCAUGCUCAUGAGGUCCAUGAUAGUUCACAGGUCAAAUCUGAAAGGAUUGUAUAAGGGAGACGUUUACAGCAUUUAUAACAGCCAGAAGACCAUCCGUCCUUCUAAACCUGGCAUUGUCUGCUGGAUGGGUUUGACAGGAUACCAGGCUGCGAUCGUCUGCCUCGGUAUGGUGAUUCAGACUGUAGUGUUUUUCAUCUGCUUCUUGUUCCUGGUGUUUUUGAUCAUUAUCCCUGUUUUUUACGGUCGUAAUAUCAUUGCUUUCGAAAUUGCUGGAAAGUCAUGGCCGGGUUGGGUCACACUGAUCCUGGUUACAGUGCUUCAACAUGUGACUGCGAAGUUUGCGUUCAUCAAAAAAGAUGCCGGUACGAGAGACUUGAACAACAGAGAGAGUUUGUUCCUCUUGACUUAUCUGCUGUUCCUGAUCAACAUCAUGAUGGGACUGGUAGCUGCAAUUUGGAGAAUAGUGAUAACAGCUUUGUACAACAUCAUCCACCUUGGUCGUAUUGACAUCAGUCUUCUUCACCGAACUGCAGAGUCCUACGACCCAGCCUACCGAUACUACGCCCACUUCCUGAAGGUGGAGGUCAGCCAGUCACACCCGGUGAUGAAGGCUUUCUGUGGCCUGCUGCUGGACAUGAUGGUGGAGGGAGGCAGAGCUGGACAGAAAAUAAGAGACGCAGAGGAAGGGAUUCAGGUGAACAGGCCAAACAAGGCUACAAGCCGUCGGAGGAUUCAAUGUCGCUGGCAACUGGUGUACACACUGGUCAACAAUCCAUCCCUGCUGGGCUCCAGGAAGCACUUCCAGACACUGCAGACCUCAGAAAGCACCCUGAACGGGACCCCCAACCGCAGCUCCAGUAAAGGCAGUAGGAAAGAGGCCGCUACGCCUGCUGCCGAGCCAGUCCAGUCCACUGAGGCACCAACAAACCAAGAUAAAACUGAAUGA